CCUACAAGACAGUGACUGGGACUUAGGCAUCUCCCUACAAGACAGCGAGCACAGCCGAAGGUACAGUAGAACCUCCCGUAUUGCUUCCAGGAAUGCAGGCUUUUGCURUAGCCCUGCUCUAAAACACAUGAUUUGUGUUCGAGUAGGACUGGGGCAAAACCUGAGCACCCAGGAGCUCUCCAGGGGCCAGGGGAGGGUUGACCACAGACAGAUGUAUCAUAAAUGUAUUUCCAGUUUGAGUCAACUGGGUCUUCUGUUGCUCUAAGAGACGAACUGUCAGUACUGGCCAUCAACACAGUCAGUGCUCCAUCUUCCUCUUUCCCUACAUUCUUUUAUUCAUUUCUAAUGAUGUAAAGUGUGUACUUGUGACCCAUGUGAAAUUACUUCACUUAAAAUAGUAUUAACAUUUCCUGACUGUAAAACAUACAUAAUCUGAUCUAACUAAAUUAUGUUUGUUGAAACGUCUUUUUGCUUAUUUUUUGGGUAAGAUGUUACGCAAAAUCCCAACCUAAAUAUUUUCAUCCUGAUACAUCUACAUAGCUUUAAUGACACUACCAACACCUAUAACUCUACUGCUUUGCUCUUGUACAUCUCCCUGUUAGAGCCCCAAGCUGCAAAGAGUGACAGGGUCACAGUGUUUACAACAGCUGUUACUAAAAGCACCACUGUCAUCAACAGAGAGGAUUACGGUUAUAUCGCUCACUUCUCUGUCUAGGUCAUUCACUCGUCUGAGUCACAGUCUCAACAUAAGAGGAGGGAAUCUCGGUACAACAGCUUAUCGUAGAAAGAAGUAACACACUCAUUGAUUUGUUCCCCCAUUGAGUGCCUGUUAAGCAGGUGUCGUUGUGGAACUGAAUGGGCAGCUAUGUGUGGUUAGUCGUUAAAGCCCUGAGCACUGUGGGUAACUGUGUUUUUGGUGUUUGUAAACUGUUUGCGUCUGUUAAUGCCCAUGCACAGAGACGUAUACAAGCAAAGGGACUUCUUCAGUCACAUACUGUAUACCCAUUCACAAAUACACAGACAAACACAAAGCACAGGCAAACAGGAUAAAAGCUUAUGAAAACACACACACACACACACACACACACACACACACACACACACACACACACACACACACACACACAGUAAAAGCAAAUUGAAACAUACACACUCCAAAUCUCAUUUGCACACACAGACCUUGUCAGCCUAAUUAGUAGUGGUCCUGCUCGGCCUAAUCCCCUACUCUGAGUCCCUCUCCUGCACAGGCACUGACGUUUGCCUCUACCAUCUCUCCCCCCACCCCUCUGCCUGUGUGUGUGAGACGGUCUGUGUGCAAACAGGGCCUUUGUGUCCAGCGAGGACCUGCCGCUGAGUCAGCUCCAUGAGCAGGCCAAGCGGCUCCUGGAAAGAGCCCGCAUGAAGACCCGGUCCUGCCCACUCAAGGCCGACCACACUAUCCUACCCAUACAGAGGGACAACCCGGAGCAGCUGUCCAAUGCUGGAGCUCCCGUUCACCGGGCUCCUCUGGUGGGGAAGGGAGGUGUGUCAUCGGCGGUAGUUGCCGCCGUUACCUCAUUGUCAGGAAAUCUCAGUGACUCCUCCAGUGGCGACUCGGGCUGCGGCCCCCGCCGGCGCCCCAGCCAAUCGCCGACACGGGUCCGCUUCGAGGACGAAUCAGAGAAAGAUGCAGAGGUGCGCUACUUGGUGAGGCUACGUCAGUGGAGGAGGGCCCAGGGUCUGCUCAUAUCCAAGCCCAACCUCUCUUCCUAUGUCAACGGGCGGAUGGACACUGAUCCAGGAACUGGAAUAGUGAUCGAGCGAGGACGCUGCCUCGAGGGCAGCUUAUUAUGGCACAAGAAGGCUCGCAGGACACAGGAGGGCUACGUAAACAGGGGCAGCAGGGGCCAUUUUAAAGCUGCGGUAGCACAGGAGGAGCUCAACAGGCAGUGCAACUCGUGCYGGACGUUCCUGGAAGUCGGGGACCCGAAUCUGAACCUCCAUCUGAACCCAUCACCCCCGAAAGGGCAGAAUGGCCCAGUGAACGGAAAGGGGAAGGUGCUCAUGUCUUGCUGGGUGGCUCCCAGUGAGCCCAGCCAGGCAGUUCUUACCGAGCUGAUCAAGGAGACGUACAUUGGGAAGGUAACCCUCCGUGAUGUGGCAGAUAGCACCGGGACAGGGCGUGGCUGGGUGGGAGAGACGGACAGCAGCAGUGGGAGUGUUCGGGUGAAGAGCAGGAGUAGGAGAGGGGAGAUUCUGGGCACCAAUGAGCAUGGAGCACCCAUUACGGUGACGCCAACACCACCACGGUCCAAUCACAGUUUGGCACCAGUGAGCUCAACGAAUGGUAUUAUGGUGGUGCCYCCCAAUCCUUACACCAUUGAGAAACCCGUGUCAAUGGUGGUGGGUUUGCACACUCACUCUCCCGCUCCCCCAGAAGAACCCACAAACUGUCCCCCGUGCCUCAAGAGCAACCCCUUUACCCCUUCCUCAGUGCCCAUCAAAUCAGCUCUGAAAACAGUACCUAAGACUCGGCCCAAUGGCCAGCUAUCAGUCAAACUCAUGCCUUCACCACAGUACCGCCUUUUCCCCCGGGACUCCCUGGAAGACCAGGGGAGAGGGGCUGCACCCAACCCCCAGAACGAGCAUUCGGUUGGGGGGAACUUCAAGGAGGUUGGUCUGUCWUUGGGGCUAACUUCCAGCACUAGCAUGAUAAUGCCCUGUAUCAGGCCUGCCUCCCUGCUGAAGACCUCCCCAUCACCAGCGAAGACAGCAGAAGAGAAGUUGGUGCACCCUGCGCCACAGGCACCAGAAGUGGAGCUGCAACAUCCAUGGAUGGGAGAGCUCUUUCUGGGAGGAGCCAACAUCAUACCCCCUCCCCCAUACCACUCUGGGUGUGAUGGACUGGUCAUGGGGCCAAUGAGAGCAGAGCAUCAGAGGGAGGAAAGCACUAGUCCAGCUCAGAUGGUAGGGACAGAGACAGAGCAGCAGGAGGCCAGGUCCAAGCUUUCUCUGCGCCGUUUAUUCUCCGCCAUCGGCCUGAAUGGAGUGGGGAAGCUGGGUAAAGGGCGCUCCAGUAGCAUAGAGCAGCUUAGCUUCCAUCCCCGGGGUGUCCCCCCGGCCUUUCCUGGCCCCAGCUCCAGCUCUAACCCCAGUCCUGCACGCCCAGAACCCAGCCAACUGAGGAAAGCCCCGUCGCUCCAGUCCCUACGCAUGGGGUCACCCUUUAAGCAGCUGAGGAAAUCGUCAUCAGUCCAGAAUGUACAGUCCUCCAAGAAGAAGGGAGAUGGCUCCAGUGCAUACACACCUGGAGAUCAGCCCAGCAGCCCUGCUCUCAGUAAGGGCCUCCAGAUGGUUCUGAGUGUGGAGGAUGUGGGCAGCCCCAGUGGGGUGCGCUCGGUAGGCAGGGUGGCCCAGGCCUUCCCUGACGGUACCCUCCUGCUGGAGCUCAGCAGACCUCCCAAAGGACCCUUCGGCUUCCUCAUCUCCCGGGGCAAAGGACGACCCGGCUCAGGUGUGUAUGUUGAAGAGAUGGGCGACAGCAGCACAGUGAAGAUGUACGCGGGGCUGCUGGGGGUGGGAGACGAGGUGCUGGAGGUGAACGGCGAGAAGGUGGCCGGCCUCAGUCUGGACCUUGUGACACGCCUCAUGACCCAGGAGAACAUAGCCUCUGUCCGCGUGCUCCGACACAGGAGGCUCCCCCCUCCUCGCUACACAGCCUGAGGAUCGCCGGUCACCAUGCAAUGCCAUGGAAACCCGCAAUGUAAUGGCAACCAGACACCACAGCAACCACAAACACAAUGGAAACCUGGGGUGUUUGGGGUAUGACAGAGGGACAGUGAGUGAGACCGGCUCAAUGACUGUGAAUAUGUCUAUGGCCGCUUGCUUUGACCGUAGUGUCUUCUCUCAGAAAUGUUGCGUUAUUCUUCUGAAGACACGUCAAGAUGUUUGACACGAUUGGGUCAUUUUUCUAGAUGGUUCAGAUGGAGUUGCUAUUAGAGCAGAAGCUGUCUCACAUUUCCUCAUGUUCUGUUAUAUACUUUUCCUUGAGAUCUUUGGCUUUAGAUGCUCCUUACUUUCGCUGUUGAAAACAUAACCAGCAGUGCCAAAAUACACAUUAUCAUUACAGGUAAUGCACAAAGCUUUCAGCUGCUCACACAGCAACAAUACAGUAUGGUAGGAGAUUCUCUGUUAAUACCUCACACCAAUCUCCUCCAUUCUAUGCAUCUUGACUGAGGUCAUCUUUAUGCAAUUAAAUCCUAUUUUUAUUGUGGUAAUUGGUUUAGUCAGAAACCAGACCUGGAAUUGAGAUAAUAAAUGUAUUGGUUAGAAACAUGAAGCAUCUCAAAAGUGAUACGAUUGAAGCAAACCUCACAGUUGUUAGAGAAGACACUGGGCAGUCUCUUCGAGUCCAAGAUGCUAAUUUUGCUCAGCCAGCCUCAUGGAGUGAAUGGAACUGUAGGAGAGCAUCAUAACCGAAAAAUAAGAGUUUUGGACUUGGACUAGUCAUAAAAAUAGUCCUGGAUAUGAACUGAAGGACUAAGGGGAUAAAGAAGUACACCAUAUACUGUAUACAAAAGUAUGUGGAUACCCCUUAAAAUUUGUGGAUUCGGCUAUUUCAGCCACACCCAU